ACACAAAGUAAACGAAAAAAUUAGAGAUUGAAGAGUGAGAAACUCUGAACAAGUCGGUCCACACGAAGAUUUCCAGUAAAACAUUGAAUGAAGAAGGCCAACACCUUACAAAACACAGGAAUUAAAACCCCCCACUUUUGAUUCCUCUCUCUCUCUUCCUUUCCCAUUGUACACAAAAGUCACCAGCCCGCCCUAUUGCACGUCUGCCCAAGAGCCACAGAUCCCCUUCCUCUUCGAUCCCUUCCUUAUUUAAGGCCUUGGAGUCCCAUAAAUCAAAGCUUUUUCUUUCUCCUUCCUCCCCCAUUUCUCUCUUCCUCUCUCUAAACAUGUCCACCAAAACCCAGAGGUACACCACGCCCCAGCCUUGCCCCCAUCUCUCAGAUUACAGAGCGAAACAUGGCCUCAAAGGUUACAGAGUCCUUCAAAAGUGCUUAAAGUUUGGACCUUUAGGGAAAACCUCCAUUAAGAGAGAGCAAAACCAGAUACCCAAAUGCUCUUUUUGCCUGAAAAGCCAUGGAAGACUCUUUGUUUGCUUGAUCUGUGCUAAUGUCUCCUGUUGUGGUUCCCCCAAUUCAAACCAUGCCCAUCUACACUCUCGAUCAGAGGUUGGCCAUGAAAUUGCAGUGGAUAUAGAGAGAGCAGAGCUAUUUUGCUGCGUUUGUUGUGACCAAGUUUAUGAUCCAGAGUUUGACAUGACUGUUAUGUUUGCUCAGAUAAUGGUUUUGCCAAAAGCCAUUAAUGGGGGCUCGGAGUAUUCGAGCAAGAGGAGGAAGAUUGAUUACAAGCAAUGGGUACCCAAUUCGAGAGAGCUGCUUUUGAUGCAACGGGGUUCCAGCCCUUUGGGUAAUUCAUGUUUUCCAUGGGGUUUACGGGGUCUGAACAAUCUGGGCAAUACUUGUUUCAUGAAUUCGGUUCUCCAAGCUUUGCUUCAUACUCCACCUCUGAGAAAUUACUUUCUCAGUGAUCGCCAUAACCGGAAACUUUGUCAAAAGAGCUCACCUUCUGGUCUUUGUUUGGCUUGUGAUAUGGAUGCGAUUUUCUCAGCUGUGUUUUCGGGUGAUCGCAAACCAUAUAGUCCUGCAAAAUUCCUUUACAGCUGGUGGCAACAUGCAGCAAAUCUUGCAAGUUAUGAGCAGCAGGACGCUCAUGAAUUUUUCAUGUCAAUGCUUGAUGGUAUUCAUGAAAGAGAGGAAAGAGACCAACGAGGCCCUCGAACAGAUGGCAAUGGAGAUUGCUAUUGCGUAGCCCACCGAGUCUUCUCAGGAGUCUUGAGAUCAGAUGUCACUUGCACAGUUUGUGGUUUUACUUCCACGACUUAUGACCCUUGUGUUGACAUCUCUCUAGACCUAGAUCCAUAUUAUGGGGGUUCUUCGAUGGUGACUGAUAAGUCUCUAGGGAAAGGCUCUGGAACCUCGACCCUUAUUGGUUGCUUGGAUCGAUUCACUCGUCCUGAAAAGCUUGGCUCUGAUCAGAAAUUCUUUUGUCAAAACUGCCAAAUUAGACAAGAAUCACUAAAGCAAAUGUCCAUAAGAAGGCUUCCUUUGGUCUUAUGCUUCCAUAUCAAGAGAUUUGAGCACUCUUCAAUAAGAAACAUGUCCAAGAAGGUUGACCGAUAUUUGCAAUUCCCCUUCUCUCUUGACAUGGCUCCUUAUCUCUCUUCUUCCAUUAUAAGAAACAGGUUUGGCAAUAGGAUUUUCAUAUUUGAAGGUGACGAGCCAGAUGCUUGCUCGGAUUCUUCAUCUGAAUUUGAGUUAUUUGCAGUAGUUACUCACACUGGUAAGCUUGAAGCUGGCCACUAUGUGACCUAUUUGAGGCUAAGGAAUCAGUGGUACAAGUGUGAUGAUGCCUGGAUUACUCAGGUUAGUGAGAGAGUUGUGAGAGCUUCACAGGGUUACAUGAUGUACUAUGUCCAAAAGAUGUUCUAUUACAAGGCGAGUGAUGACUUGAGCUCUUUGCCUGAACAAAACCAUCGGUCCUGAGGAUAUGGAAAGUGAUGGAACUCUGGACCUUGGGCUUGUGCGGUGAAGUUUGAUGCCAGAUCUUUUGUUGAAGAGAGAAAAUACCAUCAGAAGUAUGUCCUCUCUUCUUCAUGGGGCCAAAGAGAAGCUAAGUUUUUGAAGCAGUCGUUUGGCAAUAGAGAGAGAGAGAGAGAGAGAGAGAGAGAGAGAGAUUGUUGUAGGUUUUGAGAUUUAUAAUGCUAUUUAUACUGGCUGGUUUGUCCUGCCUUCGAAGAAUUGUGAAACAAAGGUCAGACCCAAAAGAGGAAAAAGCAGAAGCCGAAGAGAUUCAAUUCCAGUGAGGACCCAAAAGAAGAGAAAGCAGAAGCUGAAGAGAUUCAAUUUGAGUGCGGUUGCAAGACCUAAAUCUUUUCAGGUUUCAUGGGGCUUCGUGGUCAAUGAAGAUUUUGAAUUCGAGACCAUUCUUCUUGCUUUCAAGAAGUGGAUCAACUGGUUCAGAGAUAAUUUACAAUGUAGGCUGACUCUGUAAUUAAAUGAGAAAGCCUGGUCAUGAAGCUUGUUGUUAUUAGUUAUAGACAUCAAAAUAUGAUUUCUUUGAUUCGUUUUUCCCUGCCCGUCUCUUGCGCCACACUGAAAACUGUAUAGAAUGCUUUGGUUUUUCUUCUGAUACCAAAUACACAAUUGGUGAG